CGCCGAAGACGGCGGCCAUCCUGAUCUCCGCCGCCGCCGCCGCCGCCAUCUGGGUGGGAAGGCGUUACCUGCUUGCGGCUUAUUACGUGAGUUGCCUUUGAAAGCGUAAAAGGGCGGAGGGCGUCUUCUCCCUCGCUUCCCCCCUCCGUCGUCCUCAAGUCGCAGGCAACCCAAGAACCGAAAUUAGCAAGGGCAUCGGGAUGGCCUCCGGCUCGCACGACAAGAAGUUGGAGACGGCGCGGCGGCUGCUGGAGGAGACCUCCCCGGCGGAGGCGGAGCAGCUGCCCAGCCUGCCCUCGGGGUUCUACGACGCCUUCGUCCUCAAGGGAAUCCGCGUCGUCCAGGCCCUCCAGCCCGGCACCCUCCUCUGCCACUUCACCGUCCCCUCCAGGCUACUCGUCAGCAAGCUUGCCUGCUCUGCUCCCAACUCGGGAGGCUUCCUGCACGGCGGCGCAACCGCUUCCCUCGUCGAUCUGGUUGCCUCCGCCGCCUUCACCACUGCCGGCCUCCGCACCAGGGGCUCACCCCUCGAGAUGAACAUCUCCUACCUUGAUGCUGCUUUUGCCGACGAAGAGAUUGAUAUUGAGGCGAAGGUUCUGCGUGCUGGCAAGGCUGUAGGGGUGGCCGUCGUGGAACUGAAGAAGAAAUCUGGCAAAAUCAUUGCCCAAGCCCGCUACUCCAAGUAUCUCGGUGCAGCAUCUAGUAAACUCUGAUCUGACUGGAUCAAGGUGGCCUUGUGCCGUGGCAGCAUGUUGUAUUCUACUAUUGUUAUUAUUCUCAUGAUGAUGCAUUGCCCCCUAAGCAUAUAUGGUAGGUAGUAUGUUGUGGUGUGCUUGGCUUAUGUCUAUGUGACCGAAAACAGCUUCGAGCACAGAUGGUAUUGUUUUGUUGUAUACUUCUACUAUCAGUCACUCUAUAUUCGAUAAUAUCAUUCUUGACUCAGUCAGUGGGACCAUCA